UACCACGUGGAACAAUGGUUUGGGUGAACCUUUGGGCAUUACACCACGAUGAGACGUAUUUUGAUGAGCCAUACGAGUUCAAAGUAGAAAGAUUCUUGGAUGACAAUGGUAAAUCUCUUUCAGCGCAUGAACGGAAAUCAUUUCUUCCUUUUGGAAUUGGUAAACGGGAGUGUUUAGGAGAAGCAAUGGCCAAAGUGAGAAUGUUCCUGUUUGUCACCAGUCUCCUACAAAAACUGGACAUUCUCCCCGAAGACAAGAACAACCCACCAGAUCCAGACCCAACCAAGUUUGCUCACGGAAUAACAAAUCUACCUGGGCCAUUCAACAUUGUUGUCAAGGAGAGAAAGUGAACAUGUACAUAAUAUAAUGGCAUGUAUCAUAUAUUCAUAAGGACCGUUUUAAAGAUUUUGUUAUCUACAUGUAUUUAUUUCAGCUUUGCUUAAACUCAAGUCGUAUAGCAAGUGUAUUAAGUUAGUAAAACAGGUCCUCAUUUAUAGGGCAUAU